AUGACGAGGCUGAGUAGAGAUUUGUUAUGGUUGAAUAGUUGUGGUUGGUUUUCUCCUGCUGCGGGCAUUCACCGCUUGAGUGAAAGUAAAUAUCUGAAAAAAGAAUUUCUUCUCCUGACUGUUGCUACAAAUCAAACUGAUGGUUAUCAGAGAUUUAUUCGAUCGGUAGGAAUUUAUGACAUACCUGCCCAGGUAUUGGGAAUGAAUCAAAAAUGGUUGGGAGGAGACAUGAAUUACCCAGGUGGUGGAUUUAAAAUCAAUCUUUUAAAAAAAGAAUUACUUAAAUACAAAGAUGAUCCACAAAAAAUUAUAAUGUUUACUGACAGUUAUGAUGUUAUCUUGCUUGCUCCGGUUGAAAAGAUUUUGGAACGCUUUGAUAACCUUGAAGCUCGUAUAGUAUUUUCAGCAGAAGGCUUAUGCUGGCCAGAUCAAUCCCUUGAGUCAUUGUAUCCAAGAGUACAAAAAGGGAAACGAUUCCUUAAUUCAGGAGGUUUCAUUGGAUAUGCCUCACAGUUAUAUGACAUUAUUACAUCAGCAGAAAUCAAAAAUACUGAUGAUGACCAACUAUUUUUCACAAAGAUUUAUCUCAAUGAAGAAUUAAGGGAGAAGUUUAAUAUAAAAUUGGAUCAUCGAUCUACUAUAUUUCAAAACCUAAAUGGAGCAACAAAUCUGUGGUUAAUUGCAGAUUGGACUGUUUCCCAACAUGGUGUCAGUAAACCAGCUGGGAUCUCUCCUAGAGAGGUGAUGGAAGAACUGACUUGUGAUGUAGAAUUGCGAUUCAAAGGUCGUGAAGCAUAUCUUCAAAACACUGUUUAUAAUACAAACCCUUUAGUUGUGCAUGGAAAUGGACAUUCAAAGUUAGUUCUUAAUUCUUUGGGCAACUACUUAGCAAAUAGUUGGAAUCCAGAAGAUGGUUGCCUCAGUUGUUGGGACAAUUCUAUAGGGCUGGAAGACAAACCGAAAACAGCCUAUCCCAAGGUGUUAAUUGCUAUAUUUAUUGAGCAACCUACUCCAUUUUUAGAAGAGUUCUUCCAAAAAGUUUUGAAUUUAGAAUACCCCAAAAAUAAAUUACAUCUUUUUAUUCACAACAAUGUUAAAUUUCAUGAAGAAAUUGUGAACCAGUUCAUCUUGAAACACGCUGACAGUUAUAAAAGUGUUAAGAGAAUAGAACAAAAGGAUGAAAUAAAGGAAAAGCAAGCAAGGAGUUUAGCAAUUGACUAUUUCCAAACAAAAAAAUGUGAUUACUUCUUAAAUAUCGACAGUGAAGCUCAUUUGGAUAAUCCUAACUCAUUGGCACUUCUUAUUGUACAGAACAGCCAUAUCAAUUUAUAUGCUUUAGAGGACAAGAGUGAUUUUAAAUUUUAUUUUAUGCCUGCUAGGAGUAUUGUAGCACCACUACUGUUGCGUCCGUACAAAGCAUGGUCAAAUUUCUGGGGAGCUCUUACACCAGAUGGGUACUAUGCUCGCUCAUCGGAUUACAUGGACAUCAUUCACAAUGAAAGAAGGUAUGAAUCAUUUCUCAAUAACCUUGAAUGA